CAUUGGCUAUUAAGGCAAUGCGGAGGUCCGCGAGAGUGCUCGGGAGUGAGAAUCCUCGGCCAGGAUGACACUGGUGGCAGCAGGAAAAUGCAUCCUUCAUACUUGAUUGUCAUCCUAAUCGCCUCAUCCAGCGGUCAGCUUCUGGCUCCCACUGGACAGGAGAAUGUGAUCAGUCGCACGACUGGGAAUUUGCUGAGGAAUCUCACAGGGACCCAGACAUACAAGGACACCAUCGUGACGAGUCCCUUGGAUGCUUCCCUGCCCAUUCGGAGAUUUUACCGUGGCUUUCGCGAGAUCUACAGUCGCAUCCUGGGUGAGACUGGUCAGAGGGAAUCUGGAAACUCCUUCCAAUCGCACGUGUCACGUUCCAAAGCCUUCCCGUGCUCACUCGAGGGCUUCCGCAGCUCUCAGCCACCGGAAAGUGUCCAGCAAGUGCGUCCUGGCGAUAUCGAUGUGAUUGCAGCCGUGGGAGAUUCCCUAACCACGGCCACAGCUGCCAACUCCGUCGCCCUGUGGGAGGUGAUGGUGGAGAACAGGGGAGUGUCGUGGUCAAUUGGGGGUCAAGGGACAUGGCGCACACAUCUGACACUCCCCAACAUCAUCAAGGAGUACAAUCCGCAGCUCUUUGGAUACUCACUCAGUGACUCGUACAAUGUGCACCGCGAGGCCCAGUUCAAUGUGGCGGAAAAUAUCGCCACAACCAGCGAUAUGCCGUACAAUGUGAAAAAACUUGUCAGACGCAUGAGGCUCGAUUCCAGAGUCAACAUGACGCAUCAUUGGAAAAUUCUCACGUACAUGAUUGGCGGAAAUGACUUUUGCUCGGACGUUUGCUAUCAAACCAACGCCACGCUGUGGAUGAAUGAGAUGCAGGAAAAGUACCUGAUUGAGUCUCUGCGCUACCUUCGCGAUAACAUGCCACGCACGAUUGUGAAUCUCGUGCCAUCGCCACUGUUGAGCCUCUCCUUCUCCAUGGAUCACGUGCAGACGCCCUUUUCCUGCUCACUCACGCGUCCCAUUGAGUGCUCCUGCCUCUUUGGUCCUCGCUACUCCAAGGAUCGCGAGUUGUAUCGUUCCUUGGAGAGGAAGUUCGUCAAGAUCAUGGAGAGAGUGAGUUUCCUGGGAGAGUUACACACUAAGGACUUCACGGUGGUGUUUCAGCCCUUCUUUGGGGACGCUUCGGUGUUCUACAGAGGCUCUAAGCAGCCCGACAUGAGUCUCAUGUCUAUCGACUGCGUACACUUGAGCCAGAAAGGACAUGCUGUCAGUGCCAACGGACUGUGGAACAAUAUGAUGGAGCCUGUCGGGAGGAAGAGUCUAGGAUUCAGACCGCUGUUCCAGGAGUUCAAGUGUCCAACGCCCGAAAAGCCAUACAUUUUCACAAACGCCAACAGUUGAUUGUUAAACUUAUUCUUUUAUUAAUGCGUAUUUACAAGAGACACAUGGAAUAUGUACAAAAUCAAGUCUUGGACAUUCUUCGUCUUUUUCUCGCCACAGGGAGGGAAAUCAGAAGGU